GAAAGUUCCCGGAGAUGCGCUCGUCGGCGGCUUCGGCGCAGAACAAGUGAGGUGGCAGCGAGAUGGCGGAGCCCACAACAGGCUUCACUGCCCUGAACAAGAGCAAUGAAGAGGCCGAGCCCCUGGGCAAUGGCACGUCCUUCUGGGAUGGAGAUGGUUGGGAUGCGGGCAACAGCACGACCCCUGAGCGCCGACACCCCUACAACUUUUAUGCCAUGUUGCUGACCCUGCUCAUCUUUGUCAUCGUCUUUGGGAAUGUCCUGGUGUGCAUGGCAGUGUCACGGGAGAAGGCCCUCCAGACCACGACCAACUACCUGAUAGUCAGCCUUGCCGUGGCGGACCUGCUGGUGGCCACGCUGGUCAUGCCGUGGGUCGUGUACCUCGAGGUGGUAGGAGAGUGGCGCUUCAGUCUCAUCCACUGUGAUAUCUUUGUCACACUCGAUGUCAUGAUGUGCACAGCCAGCAUCCUCAAUCUGUGUGCGAUCAGCAUUGACAGGUACACAGCCGUCGCCAUGCCAAUGCUUUACAACACGCGGUACAGCUCGCGGCGCAGAGUCACUCUGAUGAUCGCCGUCGUCUGGGUCCUGUCGUUUGCCAUCUCCUGCCCCCUGCUCUUUGGACUCAAUAACACAGCCACAAGAGACGUAGCGAAAUGCAGCAUCGCCAACCCGGCCUUUGUGGUCUACUCCUCCAUCGUCUCCUUCUAUGUUCCUUUCAUCAUCACGCUGCUUGUCUACGUGCAGAUCUACGUGGUGCUUCGCCGGCGGCGGAAGAGGGUGGCGACGCGGCGUUGUAGCUCUGGAAUGGACCCUGAGCCACACCCUCCUAUAAAGAACAAAUGCACACAUCCCGAAGACGUGAAGCUGUGCACUUUAAUUGUAAAAUCCAGCAAUAACAACCUGCAGCCCAACAGGAAGAAAGUGACUUUGGUUAAAGAAGCUGUAGUGCACCCUGCUGACUCGGACCGAAUUCGAUUUCUGACCCAGCCGGAGAGGAGUCGGCCCAAAAUCACUCCGAUAGGAAUACACUCUCUUUCUCCGUCACCCUCUCGGCCUCUUCCCAGUGGAGCCAUCUUGCCUUCCACAAUCGAAGCACCAGCUGUACCCCAGCUCCUCAACGGGCAGCAUAGACUCAAAAGGGCUUUUGAGCUGCCACGUGCAACGGCGACCGGGGAUGAAAAGUCGGCCCUCAAAUCGGUGGCGAAGGGCAAGCUGUCCCAGCAGAAAGAGAAGAAAGCCACACAAAUGUUAGCCAUCGUCCUGGGUGUUUUCAUCAUCUGCUGGUUCCCUUUCUUCAUCACCCACAUCCUGCGUGUGAACUGCCUGCAGUGCUACAUCUCUCCUGAGCUCUACAGUAUUGUCACUUGGCUCGGUUAUGUCAACAGCGCCGUCAACCCCAUCAUCUACACCACCUUCAACGUGGAAUUCCGCAAAGCGUUCAUGAAGAUCCUCCACUGCUGAAGCGUGCAGCCAAACCUCCCACACAUCGGUCUGAUUGAACGCCUUGCACUUUUGAGCCACUCAGCCCUUCUGGACCUUUACUGGACCGCCUAAAAAGUCUUCAGGGUUUCUUCUCUGCCUUAGGCCUGACACUUUGUGGUUACUCAUCUUUGAAGCUUUUUUUGAAUGUUGAGAGUGAAGACCUCAGUGUGUUGGAUGACAGCAGGACUGAGAAAAAAGGGCUGACAGAGAAACCAGAAAAUGAGGUGCUGAGAUGUAACGCGUCACCUUCACGUUUGUCAUCCUAUUCCUUCUAAAAUGUUGAAUUCUGAUUUAAGAGAAAGACCACAUGAAUGAAGUCACCAUGUCUCACUCAUUCAGCCUGGUGGAUUCCACACAUCUUUGGACUCCUGACUCAUUGGUUUGUGUUUCAGCUGCGAGGCUUUAGAAGUUCCAGUUAGAGACAAAGAUGGAGUCUGGAUGAAGGGCCAAAACGAGCCCAAGAGGAGUCAAGCAUCUCCGAUCAAGAAGAAUGCCAGCCUGCUGCUAUGGCCAUUAUUGUGGAAUACUUCAGCCAUUUAUCUGUGAUCUGGUCACAGUGGGUUGGAGCCUCUGCUGUUAGCACAGGGUACAUGACAAGUGCCAGCCUGUAUGGGGUGCCAGUCCAUCACGGGCCACACACAUCUCCACUGGGCCAACUGAGGGUCAACAAUUCACCUGACAGGAAAACUACGAAACCCCGCCCAGCAGUGACCAUGGGUAGAUCUGGAAGAGUAAGGCAGAACUACUAACCACUGUGCCACCAUGCCACCCUUCUUGUCCUACAGAAAAACCUUUAAAAAUCACCGACCAGACUGAAGCUGAAAUCAGACAAACAUCAUGGAGGGACUGUCACCUCUUAAUUAAUAGACAUGCCAUCCAUCCAUCUUAACAUCUGCACAGCCUAUCUCAGAUGGCACACCAGUCAUGUGAAGGGAGGCUGACCGCUACCAUCCAUCCACCGAACAGUUAGCCCAUCCAUUCAGUUCUCCAUCUUGCCUAGACAUUCACCCAUCCACUUCCAUACCUGCAUAGUCAAUCUCAGACAGGCUUCCUCUCUCGGUAUGAAGUUCUCACCAAGACGACUGACCACUUGCACACUUAUCUUUAUCAUCCAUCCCUGCAUUUUGUGUCUGUUCCAGAGAGGACACUGGCACCACUGUAGAACGGGCAAAUACGAGGCGAGUCAAAAUUAUGAUAACGCGAAUGGAUUCUUUUUAUCUCGACCACACCUUUCCAGGUCAAUGGACAGCUCAUGGUGGAUCAUUGCCAUGGCCUCCACACUCCCCUGAUUUGACACCCUGUGAUUUCUGGUGAUGGGGUGCGGUGAAUGAGCGCAGGGAUAGCAGGAACGUUUGUGAUAUCAGUGGCCUGAAGGACAGAAUACGGACUGCUGUGUCAUCUAUUCCCAGUGAAAUGUGCGUCCGGCCUUUAAAUGGUGCUGUUGCUUGUUGGUUUUUGUGGAGAACAGGUUGAGACAUUCCUGUAAAUCACAUAUGAAGUCUGUUUUGUGAAUAAAUUGUUUCUGCCUUUCAAAUGUUGACAUAAUUUUGACUCGCCCUGUAAAUAACUGGCAUUUCACACACAGAUACCUUUAUCUUCCGCCCAUUCAUCCAUUUUCAGAUCUUCAUAUUCAGUUCUGUCCCAGACAGAUGUCCAGUUCUACACACACACAUGAUCAGGUGUCCAUCACCUCACCAUUCUUCCCGAUGCCUGCAUAUUCAUUUCAGACAUCAGCCCACUGCAUGAUGGACACAGAGAUGAUGGGCCACUCACGCUUGCCUUUGUCAUCCCUCCCUUCAUUUUCAUGCCAGUGUCCAUGCCAUACUAGAGAUGGGGCCAUUUUCUUGGAUAGACCAAUGAAUAGGGGGCCACACAUGCAGACAGUUACAGUCCCUUUACCUUCUGCGGAGUGGUGGCUCUGAGGCUAGGGAUCUGCACUGGUAAUCAGAAGGUUUGCCAGUUCGCCAGAAGAGACUCUACUCCAUUGCACACCCUGAGCAAGGCCCUUCCAAGGUGUGACAUUAAUCUGCCCUGUGAGCAGGUCCUUCAGCUUGCAGGGAAAACCUGGGGGUUGGUGGCAGGAUUGGCAGUCCAGGCACCCUAAGAAAACCUCACACUGUUCAGGGUGGUGCUGAGGUGUCACUCACGAGUUCGUCGUGUGGUGGGUGAUGAAGGCCUUGCACUUCUGAGCCCCACAGUACUUUACCACCCAUCCAUUCAUCCACCCAGCUAUCUAUUUUCAUAUCUGCUUCUUCAUUUCAGCCAACGGUGCCACUGUCAGAUGACCGACCACACGGGCACAGGGGCUUACUAUUACCAGUCAUUGGCUUUUACCAUUCCUCCAUCGCACAGUCCGUCAGUCAGUUCAUUCAGUCCAACCAUCCAUCCAUCUUCAUACCUGCAUAUUCAUUUCAGGUCAUAUCUCAGAUGGGACCCUGACUACACUGUAAGAUGGACACAAAGAUGAGACGUCACACACAAUUAUCUUUAUCGUCCAUACCUUCAUGUUCAUAUCAGUGUAUUCAGUUCAGAGGACAAUGUAAGGGUAGACACAUGGAUGGCCAUCAUCACACACGCAGUUACCUUCACCAUCCGCCCUCCACUAGUCUGCCUCUCCAGACACGUCCAUUGGCAUUACACCUCCAAGCCACACAGCACUUUACCAUCCAUCCAGUCACCUAGCACCAGUCAAAGUCCACACAGUGGACCCCCUCUCAGUGUCCAGAGUACACACCCCUUGUGUUACCAAAUUGGUGUCCCUCAAUGUCCAUAGCUUGGAUUUGGGGACGUGAUAAGUUUGGGAACAUGUGCCACUUGAGCUACAUAAACCGCACCCUUUGGUAUCCAGAAUGCGCGUCCCUUAACUUUCAUAUACAGCACCCUAGAUGGCCGCCUACGUCACCUAAUGAAUUGACCAAAUCAGCAUCUAUCCUCCAGUACUCGCCUCUCCUCACCUGCACUCUGAGCUCCGCAGCGCAUUACCAUCCAGCCAUCCAUCCACCUAUUUUCAUUUCUGCUUAUUAAUUUCAAACCCCUGUCCAGGAUGAACACAAAGGUGAGCGACCACACAGGCACAGAGGCUCCCCUUCACCAUUCAUGGACCUUUACUAUCCAUCCAGUAAAAGCAGUUAGUCGGUCCAUUCAGUCCAACCAUCCAUCCGUCUUCCUAUCAUGCAAAUUCACUUCAAAGUCUGUCUCAGAUUGCCAGGCAGGUUUCCGACCCGGUACAGGGUGGGCACAGAAAUGACAACCCCAUCCCACCCAUGGUCAUCCUUUAUCAUCCAUCUCUGCAUUUGCCUCAUUUUUAUGUUUAUUUCAGUGUCCUUCUUAUCCAGGACACCAGCCUCAUUUUAGGGUGGACAGAAGACUAAGCGCCACCACACAUAUUUACCUUUUUUACCCUCACCUGUCCACACACCUUGUCCUUCUGAGCCACCUGUCCACCUGCCCAUCCAUCCUUGCAUUUCCACCUCUGCACGUUCAGUUCAGACCGCCUCCUGGAUGGGAUCACUGCCCUCUUGUAGGGUGGGCUCAGAGAUGACUGGCAGCUCACCUGCUCUCCUCCACAUUCAUUUCAGAGCCUCUCUGAUCCCUCAGCGGUGCUAACCUUCAGUCUUGGGUGCCCCCUUGUGGCUGCAGGUUUUCAUUCACAAUCAAUGUCUGCCUUUAUUUAUUAACUCCCAUAGUAGUUACGCAUGUUUCUUUUUAUUCCUUCUUUUUUUUUACGUUAUUUUCCUUUGUGUCAAACCAGAAAUGAUCAACUGGUUAUGCUAAAUGUUCACUGAAUGAAGCAAGAAUUUACGUGUGGGUGAGAAGGCAAUUCUUUUGCUUUGUAAUCCUCAGUUCUUUUCCAAUGUUUUGGGUAUUCCAGCCAUUAUUCCCUACUAAGCGCACACUUGGGUAGCCCUGAAGUCCGGUGGCCUUUAGCAUUUGGCACACUUUGAACCCGUGUCUGCUCUGCUCAACAUCAAAUGCCAGGAGUUAGGUUCACAGAAAAAAGUGAAUUAAAAUGGAAGUGACAUUUAAGCAUUGAACAAUUUGGUAAACAUUAUUGACAUUUUUAAAAAUUCUUAUGCACUUUAACCUCACACUGCUGUGGUUUCCUAAAUGCAGAAUAAGAGAAAGAGAAAGGCAAGCUAAUUAAACAAAGAUGUCCAUUAAAAGGAAAAACGACUUGGAGAUCGUGAAAUUAGCCUGAAGAAUAACCUGCCACCACAAGGGGGCGCCCAGGACUGACCUUGAGAGGUGCUGCUAUUCAGGACACAAGCACCACUACAGGGUGGGCGCACACAUUUGUCAGGGUGGUCUUUGAGUUUUUGCUAUCUGCAGCUUUUUCCAAUUCCACCUUUCCAGAUUCUAUUUUUUAAUUCCAGAGGACCCCUCAUCGUCUCUUUCAGGGUACCACCUCAUGAGGAUCAUCGUCACGUGUCCAUUCAUCUCAUUUUAAAAGUGCAGCCCUGUUCCAGAUCUGUACUGGUGAUCAAUUGUCUUUCUUCAUCCAUUUGCCAAUAUGUGGCCAUGCAUUGUGAAGGCAGCUUCUGUCACUCAUCUUUUUUAUGGGUGCUCUUCAGCUGUCCCCAAACCCAAGCAAUGGUGGAAUUAUUACAAAGUAAAGCCUACAUCAAAGGGUACAGCGCAAGGACUGAAGACAGCACAAGUAAGGACCUUCCUAUACUGCGGUUGCACCCGUGACUAACAGGCAGAGCGCCUCCUUCACUUUCCCCCCAAUCUACCGCCAUGCCAGUUCCUUCAACACACACCGCUGUCUCUCCUCCUUCAGUUCCAAAUGGGCUUAUGGCCAGGAGGUGCGAGAGCUACUGCUCCGAAUAACAUCAAGGAUCAGGAAUGGGCUCACGAUGUCAUGGGGUCAACCCUGUACUGACCACCCGUGUCCCUGCCACAGUGGACCAAAGUUUAGCCUUAAAAGGCAAGAAUGACCCACUCACUGUAACAGGCAGCAGGGAGCCAGAAGUAAAUCAAAAGCCUGCCACCUACUGGACUGGGGGACCUCUGCCACUAGACUUCCAGUUCUGCCUAAUUCCAAACUCGGAGUGUAAUAAAAUGGAGAUCUCCAAAUGCUGCCCUCUGUUGAUGGCGACUUAGCACUACAUGCAUUCUCGAAUGUUAACAUAUUCCUUACCAGGGUGGCACACAAACCAACUCCUGGCCCAUAUGGUGCCCAAUUGCUUGCCCAGCCAGUCCCAACAAGAUCAUCGGCCGUUGCCUACUUUGGGUGCACAUGAGAUGUCACAGCAGAACCAGAAUUUUGAGGACCUGGUUGAAGCUUCAUUAAGAACAACUGAUGAGAAUGAAGACAAAUAUUUAAUAAAGUAUUUUUUUACAGCUACUCAUGCUCCUUUUUUGUUUUAUAGUUAUUUGGC